AUGGACUGGCAGAUCUCGCAGUUCUUUGGGGACAAGUCCUCGAUGGACAAGGCCUGCGACGAGGAUAUCAUCAGCGCUGUGGCGUUCAACCGCGAGGGCACGCAUCUCUGCCUGGGCGACAAGGCCGGCCGCCUGAUCCUCUUCUCAGAGAAGGAAUCGCGGAAGGCGACCUGCAAGCAGUUCCAGUACUUCACGGAGCUGCAGUCCCACGUGCAGGACUUCGACCCGCUCAAGAGGCGCAAUCUGUACGUGCUGUCGACCAAUGACAAGAUCAUCAAGCUCUGGAAGAUGAGCGAAAAGGUCAUCAAGAAGGUCAUCAAGGGCUCUGACAAGGAACUGUCCAUGCCCGUGCUCCAGAAGGUGGAGGAGACCAUCUACCCCUCCCUGCACAAGUGCUUCCCCAGCCUCCACACCUCCAAGGUCAAGGCCAUCUCCGCCAGCCACAACGAAGAGUUCCUCCUCUCCGCCGAGGAGGAGAAGGAUAUCAAAGAGGCCAUCUCCUCUUGCUGCUUUCAUCCCAACCACGACAACGUCUUCCUGCUGUCGACCAACAUGGGCACGCUCCGGUUGGUGGACACCCGUGUCCGGGUGACCAACCCUGACCUCGUCAACUUCGGUUACACUCAAGGCCCCAAAAAUUUCUUCAGCGAGCUGAUCGCGAGCUGUCACGAUGCCAAAUUUUUCCCGAACGCGAACUACAUCGCCUCGCGGGACGUGCUGGCAGUGCGCACCUGGGACCUGCGGGUGGCUGAGCAGCCGGUCACCACAGUCCCCAUAAACUCCCAGGUGAAAGGCAAGCUGUGCGAGAUGUAUGAGAACGAAUGCCUGUGGGAUCAGUUCUCACUGUCGGUCAACGCUUCUUCCAAGAUGCUGCUGACGGGCAGCUACCACUCCGCCUUCAACAUCAUUGACGCGGAGGGCCGGUCCAACCUGCAGCUCGACCUCAGCUUCAGCAAGAAGACCACGGGCCGCGAGACGCUGGGGAUCAAGGCCGAGCCCAUAACAGACUACGACUACAAGUUCAAGACCCUGAAGAGCAUCUGCCACCCGACCCAGGACCUGGUGGCAGUCACAUGCCUCAACAGCCUGUUCUUCUACACUAAGAAAAAAGCCAUCUGA